UAUCGAUGAAACAUAACAGCUGUCGCGAGAUAGAUCAUCUCAGAGUUUGUGUCGGGUUACGAUUCGUCCGUAUCGAAACCCUUGAAGAAGUUUACUUUCCAAGCAGUUAAUUUUAUUUUGAUACGAUGUCCGGCGAGGAAGACGCCACCGUGAGGGAGCCGCUAGAUCUGAUUCGUCUGAGUCUCGACGAGAGAAUCUAUGUCAAGCUCCGCUCAGACCGCGAGCUUCGUGGCAAGCUUCACGCGUUUGAUCAGCAUUUGAAUAUGAUUCUGGGCGAUGUUGAAGAAGUUAUCACAACAGUUGAGAUUGAUGAUGAGACAUAUGAAGAGAUUGUCCGGACGACAAAGCGCAACAUUCAGUUUCUGUUUGUGAGAGGAGAUGGAGUUAUAUUGGUGUCUCCACCACUCAGGGCACCCUAAGUUAAAAACUUGAAGUCUUCAAACAAACAUAUCUUGUGUCCUCUUUGUGUGACUAUUGGUAUUGUAUUUAGUCACUGGUUGUCUGAAACUAAAAACAGCUUGAAGGAGCUCUCUUGCUUAAAUCCCAAUUGCUCUCGGAUAUUUCUACCUU